UAACUAGUGGCGGACUGGUAACUAACUAGUGGCGGACUGGUAACUAGUGGCGACUGGAGAGGAGCGGAACAGGAAGCGACUGGGACUACACGGAAAAGGCACUGCUACUACAUCAACAGCAUUACGAUCGGGGGAUAUCUCCCUUCUCCAUAACGUAGGUUAGAGACGGACAGAUUGCAAAUAUGAACUUGGAAACAUGUACAAUUUGGGGUUGAAUGAAGCGCACAAAUAUUGGCUAAAUGUAAAGUGCACAAGUUGGUGAGGAAUCGCAAGCUAUCUUUCUGCUGUGUUUUAGCUAACCAGGCUAGCUAGCUAGCUAACGGCUCCAGGGGCGAAAUGAAGGAGGUGAAGGGUUGCGGUAUGCGGUCCUCUGUGGGCUUUCUGUCUCAGAGAAGGCUUUUUGGCAACCCGCUGAUGAAGGAAGAGUUUCAGAGACUCCGGUUGGCAGGAUGCACAAGCCUUUACCAGAAGGAUAUGCUGGGACAUUUCGGGUGUGUAAACGCCAUAGAGUUUUCUAACAACGGAGGAGAAUACCUUGUGUCCGGAGGGGAUGACCGCAGAGUGCUGCUGUGGGAUAUGGAGAGAGUGCUCCAUGCUCGCUCGGCCAAGCCUCUCAUACUGAAGGGUGAACACCUCUCCAACAUCUUCUGCCUGGCCUUCGACAGCACCAACAAGAGGGUGUUCUCUGGGGGUAACGACGAACAGGUCAUCCUACAUGAUAUAGAGCACUGUAUUCUGUUUUCCUCCAGAGGUGAGACUCUGAACGUGUUUCUUCAUGAUGAUGCUGUGUACGGCCUGUCAGUCAGCCCCGUUAAUGACAACGUGUUCGCCAGCUCCUCUGACGACGGACGGGUCCUCAUCUGGGACACGCGGCAGCCGCCACACGGAGAGCCCUUCUGUCUGGCCAAUUACCCAUCAGCGUUCCACAGUGUGAUGUUCAACCCGGCAGAGCCCAGACUGCUGGCUACAGCCAACUCCAAGGAGGGGGUGGGGCUGUGGGACAUCCGCAAGCCUCGCACUUCUCUGCUGCGGUACGGCGGCAGCAUGUCCCUCCAGAGUGCUAUGUCGGUGCGUUUUAACAGCGCAGGGACUCAGCUCCUGGCCCUGCGUCGCAGGCUACCCCCGGUCCUCUACGAGCUACACUCUCGCCUACCCAGCUUCCAGUUCGACAACCAGGGCUACUUCAACUCCUGUACCAUGAAGAGCUGCUGCUUCGCUGGAGACAAGGAUCAGUACGUCUUGUCUGGAUCAGAUGACUUCAACCUUUAUAUGUGGAGAAUCCCAAAGGAUCCUGAAGCAGGAGGCCCAGGUCGUGUGGUGAACGGAGCGUCCAUGGUCCUAAAGGGUCAUCGUUCCAUCGUGAACCAAGUCCGGUUCAACCCAAGCACCAGUAUGAUCUGCUCCUCCGGGGUCGAGAAGGUCAUCAAGGCGUGGAGCCCCUACCAGCAGACAGAGAGUCUGGGUGACCUGGAUGGUUGUGUGGAGAAUAAGUCCAGGAGUCUGUACAGCCAUGAGGAGUAUAUCAGCCUGGUGCUGAACAGCGGCAGCGGCCUGAGGCACGACUACAUCUCACAGUCCAUCCAGGAGGAUCCUCGUAUGAUGGCCUUCUUUGACUCUCUGGUGCGUCGGGAGAUUGAGGGCUGGAGUUCAGACUCAGACAGUGACCUGAUUGAGGGGGCCAUCCUGCAGCUCCACGCCAGGGGACAACGCUCCACACGGGCUGUAGGAGACGGCGCCGGGGUCCUGUUUGGGGUUGGUGCUGCUUCACCUGUACAUCCUACUGCUGCAACGGGUGACUCAGACCGCUCCUCCUCAUCCUCAUUGGCUGCACCCGAGGCUUCAGGGGCGGAGCCGUUGCUGCCCAGGAGUCGUCAGCAACAUCACCAGUCUGCGUUCUUAUUGGACCUGGUGGGAGAGGACUCUGACUCCUCUGGGUUCUGGCUAGACCCCAUGCCCCGCCCCAGCCCCCGAGACAACUCUACCCUCUCCAGCCCCACCUCCUCCACCUCCUCCUCCACCAGCUCUGAGGACGAGGAGCGCCGCAGGGUCAGCACCAGGCAGCGUAACGCCGCGCGGAGGCGCCGCAUGCACUUCCCCUGCAGGCCCAGUGGGGGGCGCCCUGAGUCUGCCCAGGCCCUGUACCCCGUGGGGGUCGACUCCUGCUCCUACCCCAAGAUCUCCAUCGAUGAGGCCUCAUCCUCCUCCGCAUCCUCCACAGCGCUGCAGCCGGACCAGGACUCGGUCCAGAUCGGGCUCCAAAGGAGGAGCUCGAAAACGGGGAGAUGUGCCAGUUCCAGCACUGCAGUGUCUCUGGACAGCCAAGACGACCAGGACAGGCUCCUCAUCACCUCCCUUCUGGCUCAGGACACCCUGCAGCAGAGGACAGAGUCCUUGGAGGGAGGGGUGACGGGGGCUGCUUUAGAGAGGAUGGCCAAGGGCUUGGAGAGUCCGGAGGAGGACAACAGUAGCUGGGUCUCUCCUUCCUCCAGACAUCACCACGGCCCCGACGUGAACGGCCUGCGGCUCCCCGACCAGACUGAGAUGACUGAAGGGACCAUCUGGCUCCAGGGACCAUCUGGCUCCAGGGACCAUCUGGCUCCAGAACUGUUUGCGUCCCCAGAUUCCAGGGGAGAGAGGGAGGCCUUAGCGGGGAAACAAACAGACACUAGGAACCAGGUGGAGGAUGAGAAGGAUGAGGAAGAGGCAGGGUUGUCUUCUCAGAGAGGCCAGGCCCUGGCCCAGGGGACGCUAAAACGUACUCACCUGGGGUCAGGAGGUCAAGGGUCAGGGGAGGGGUUGGAGACCUCGCCCUCAGAGAAGAAGUUCAAGACAUGAUGAUGACGCCUGUCGUGGGAAGGUGAACAUUUGGUGAAAGACUGACGUUGUCCCACAUUAGCCUAUUCCCUGUGGUUCUCAAACCUCUCCUCUUGGACGUUGCACAACGUCACUGUAGCCCUGAACGUCACUGUAGCCCUGAACGUCACUGUAGCCCUGAACGUCACUGUAGCCCUGAACGUCACUGUAGCCCUGAACGUCACUGUAGCCCUGAACGUCACUGUAGCCCUGAUCCUCGAGGAGAGAUGUGAGAAACACUGGCCCAUGGAAGAAGUGGGGAUCCUCGAGGAGAGAUGUGAGAAACACUGGCCUAUAUAGUACACUACUUUUCACCAGGAUCCUUUGAGCCUAUGGUUAACAGUAGUAUACUAUGUAAGGGGAAGGGGGCCAUUUCGGAUGCAACCUGAGACCCAACUUAAGGUGGCUUUUCUUUGGGUUUUUACAGUCCAGUUUCUUGGUUUGGUGACGCUAAAAAGGGUGUCGCAAUUUUGCAUUUUUGAGCCAUUGGGACGUGUAUUCUGCUAAGAGCAGGACACAGUGGCUAUGAGGGCUUGGCUCCUCUGUCUGUCAAUCAGAACAUACUGGAUAAUGAUUGGUCCAAUAUUACUGUUGGCAGCAAUGCAUUCUGGAACUCUUAGAAAUUGUUGUGACUUCUGAGGUCAAACCAUAGAUGCCAUUAAAUAUCACAAGAUCCAAAAAUAUCUAAUAAUAUUGACAUUGACAAUGGUUUUGUAAAUGCACUUCUAGUUAGUCAUUUAGUCUUAAGGCAGAUUUUCUUUCUUUUUUUAUUAUUAAAAUACGUCCGGUUUAGUUUUUUUUUUUUUGUUGUUGAAGAAAGCAGGCCUGUAAAGAAGCUCUGGUUCAGGACUAAAGGCUUCAGAUGGCACAUUUUGAUUUCUAUUGGAAUUACAGACUUGAUUCAUUUAGAUUUUUCAGUGAGAUUCUUGGUGAAGUGUCAGCAAUUCCGUGGCAAAUCUGUUGUAGCCGUGCAAACGGCUGUUUGAGUGGUGCGUUUAAAAAAAUAAAAUGAUUGUUUCAGUGUUAAGGAUGA